AUGUCUCUCACAAACAAAGAAAACCAUGGCACUCAAAAUAAGAAUGGCGCUUCGAUCAACAACAAUGCUUCGGUGGCGUGCAGCUUCUCCUUUUACGACUAUGGCUCGUGGGCUGUUGUCACCGGCACCACUGACGGCAUCAGGAAAGCCCUGGUCUUCGAGCUCACCUCCAAGGGCCUCAACCUUGGGCUCAUUAGCUGGAACCCCAGCAAACUCGAAGCCACCUCGAGUGAGCUGAGGGAUAGAUUCGGAGCAACCACCGAGGUCCAUCACAUAGUCAAGACUGGGGUCGCGGACCUCAUGAAGCUGAGCGGAGAGGAGAUAGCGGCAGCCAUUGCGAGAGCCACGGAAGGGAUCGACGUCGGGUUGCUCGUCAACAACGCGGGGUUGGCUUAUCCGUACCCGAGGUGCUUUCACGAGGUGGAUCGAGAGUUGAUGGAGAGCAUGUUGAGAGUGAACGUCAACGCAGCGUUGUGGGCGACGAAGGGAGUGAUCGAUGGAACGUUGAAGAGGAAGAGAGGAGCGAUCUUGAACAGUGGUUCUGGUUCCUCCGUGUGUAUCCCUUCGUUUCCUCUUCUGACCUUGUAUGCCUCCACCAAAGCUUUUAUGGCAAUGUUCUCGAGGAGCAUCGACCUUGAGUACAAGGAGGCGGGGAUUGAUAUUCAAUGUCAAGUCCCCCCUUUCAUAGCUACAAAGAUGAUCAUGUUGAGGAGGCGCCUGAUGCUCGUGCCGUCUCCCGAGAUGUUCAGCAGAGCGAGCGUGCGGUGGAUCGGGUAUGAGCGCCAGUGCAACCCUUACUGGUUACAUGCAGUGCAAGGGUUUGUGAUACGUGCCACAGAUGCGUUCACCAUUUGGUACGGUCAGCGCUACCUGAAAUGGAUGAGACAAGAGGGGCUUGAGCACGAUGGCCUUCUUUAG